AUGGCCCCUACCGUCGUUUUCAUCACCGGUGCCAAUCGCGGCUUAGGCUUUGGAAUCGCGAAGAAGUUCGUCGCCAGACCAAACUACGUUGUUGUCGGGGCCGUACGGGACCCCACGCACGACUCUGCUCAGCAACUAUCUUCGCUGCCAACUGGCGAGGGCAGUCGCAUCAUCCUGGUCAAGUACGACGCAAGCAUUGAGCAGUCCGCUUUUGAUGCUGUCCAGGAAGCCACUGAGCAAGGCAUUGAUCAUUUCGACUAUGUCGUAGCAAAUGCCGGCAUUGCCAAGACGUUCCCUCUUGUCAAGGAUGCGAAGAGGGCUGAUCUCGUUGAGCAUCAUCAAGUGAACGUUCUCAGCGUUUUGUCACUCUACCAAGCUGUUCGUGAUCUGCUGCAGAAGUCUACUCUCAGCUCGCCCGUGUUUGCUAUUAUGGGUUCUGGGACUGGGGCUCUAGGAAACCAGCCCAACAUCCCAAAUGCAGUGUAUGGCGCUUCCAAGUCCAUUCUUCUCUGGUAUGGUAUUCGCAUUAACGCGGAGGAUGAGUGGCUCAACACGUUCAUCAUUGAUCCCGGCUGGGUUCAGACUGAUAUGGGCAACUACACUGCCGCGACCUGGGGAUAUGGUACUGCACCUACCACUGUGGAAGAAUCGACUGGCGGUAUGGUCAAUGUGAUUAGUACAGCAACUAAAGAGAAGCAUGGUGGCAAGUUUGUGCUUUACAAUGGUGAGAUCCAGGGCUGGUAG